UCCCUCUAAUUCCAGGACACUCGGGAUAUGGAUGUCGGCCGUGGCUGAUGACGCCUCUGUUGAACCCACAGACUGCGGCGGAGGUCGGGUAUAACGGCGCACAUAGCCGUACCCGUGCGGUGAUGGAGAAGACGUUGGGAGUUUGGAAAUCCACCUUCCGAUGUUUAUCCAAAACCGGCGGCUUCUUGCAGCACGCUCCGGAACUGGUGUCCGACAUCGUCGCCGUGUGCGCCAUUCUACACAACGCUGCUCUUGCCAACCAUGUGGACUUGCCCAUCCGUGAUGAUCUGCAACCAGAAAUACCGGCACUCCCGGCCACCUCUGAGGAUUCAUCAGAACCGGGGAACCGGGUCCGUCAGGAUCUCAUUCAGGACCAUUUCCAGGAAUCUACAAAGCUGGAUGACUUGUAGCUCCAUCUUUUUGAUCAUAACCCUUUCAAGUGGAAGUGCCACCAUCAGAUUUAAACAGUUUGAAGAAGAAGAAUGUUGGUGGGCACUUGUGGGCAGCAGAGGAAGAUGCCCUUUGAACGCUUUGAUCCUCAACCCCCUGGGCACAUCGGCUACAUUAAACCUAUAAGGAGAGCCCUUGUCCUGCCCGCACUUAGGACCUACUGAGCUACAGCAUGGGGGGAAAAUACACCGCUGUCCGUGGCUCCAGCACACAGGCACAGCUCAAGGUGGGGCCUACUUUUCUGACGGUGCGCCUUGUUCUCCGUUAUGGAGCUCUCCCAGUCCAUCUUCAAAGGGGACCAAGACUUGGCGUAAAAUAAAGGGAAAGCCGUGCAGCAGGCUCAAUCCCUCCGUGAUGUGGAGCUCCUGGCCAGGUUCAACACCGAGCUUCAGAAGGAACUCUCGUUGGCAAGGUCUAAACUUGCAACCCACCUGAUGAAAGAAAUGAGGGAUCUGGGGAGCCGCACCGGAGGAUAGGAUGGAUGAUGGAGCCAUGGUGAUGGAGGGCCGGGAACAAGAUCAGGAGAACCGUCCCGUGCCUAACGGUCUUGGGAAGAUCACAAAAACUGCUCCUACAGGGGCAACUUGCCCCUACUGGGGUCUUCCUGAAUCCACAGAGGAUCCGACCUCCAGGGCCACUGCUCUGUUUCAGGAGCUCCCAUCUAUCCACAUCAAUUGGAUGGAUCCUAACCACUUCAAUACCGGACAAUUUCACCCCCUUUCUGCCCAGGCCAUUUUUAAGUUUGCAGGGCUGUCGCACUUUGAAUGACAGUUACUCAGUCAUGCAACACUGUACCCAAAUUACAUGUUUAUCUUUCUGGAACUUUCAUUAGGUGCUAAA